GUCUCAGGCGCUUUCGCAUUUCUACGCUCGGCCUCCCUGCUCAUCAUCGCCUUCUUCGCCCAAACCCCCCCAUCCCUCCCCUCCAUACCACCCACACGCUCCUCCAAGAUGUUGAUGCGAGCAGUGCAACGGCCAGCGAGCCUCAGCCUCCGAGCCACCAUCCCCCGCCAAACUGCCUUUUCCACAACUGCUUUCGCACGGGCAUCCGAUGCCAAGCAGCACACUUUCAGCUUCCCCGAAUCCAACUUUGCGUUCCACAACUGCGGUCCCAUUCCGCUCGAGGCCACCGCUGGAAAGGAGGAGCUGCUCGACAUGUACAGGAACAUGUUGCUGAUUCGUCGUCUGGAACACGCUUCUGACAAUCUCUACAAAGGAAAGAUGAUUCGUGGAUUCUGUCACUUGUCAACCGGUCAGGAAGCUGUCGCCACCGGUAUGCACGCUGCCAUCGCAAAAGACGACGCUAUCAUCACAGCCUACCGUUGCCACGGUUUCACUCUCCUCCGCGGCGCCUCGGCAAUGUCCAUCAUCGCCGAGCUUAUGGGUCGUGAAGCCGGUUGCUCCAAAGGAAAGGGAGGUUCCAUGCACAUGUUCGCGCACGAAUUCUACGGUGGAAACGGUAUCGUCGGUGCGCAAGUCCCCAUCGGUGCGGGUAUUGCUCUGGCGCAGAAGUACCUGCAGAAGGGGACAAUGACGUUCGCGAUGUACGGAGACGGUGCCGCGAACCAAGGACAGGUGUUCGAGGCAUACAACAUGGCCAAGCUCUGGAACCUGCCCGUCGUAUUCGUCUGCGAAAACAACAUGUACGGAAUGGGUACGUCUGCCCACCGUGCUGCCGCUUCCACAAAGUACUACACCCGCGGUGACUACAUCCCCGGUGUGCGCGUCAACGGAAUGGACGUCCUGGCUGUCCGCGAAGCCUCAAAGUACGCUCGGGAGUGGACGCUCUCUGGGAAGGGACCUAUGGUCAUGGAGAUGGUGACUUACCGUUACGGUGGUCACUCCAUGUCCGACCCCGGAACCACGUACCGUACCCGUGAGGAGAUUCAGAACAUGAGGUCAACCAACGACCCCAUCACCGGUUUGAAGGACCGCAUUUUGGGCAGCAACAUUGCAGCGGAGGACGAGUUGAAGAAGAUCGAGAAGGAUGCACGUGUCGAGAUUGACCAGGCCGUCGUAGAAGCCAAGGAGAGCCCAGAGCCCAACGUCUCGCAGCUCUACACGGACAUCUACACCGUCGGCAAUGAGCCUCCGUUCCUUCGUGGAUGCUCGCCUCAGGAGAUCCACCGUUUCGCGUAGAUUAGGUUUCCCCUCCACGAUAUCCCCCCACGUCACGCAUGUUCUGACCCGUGUAUCCUUUUGCAUGAGAAAACCUUGAGGGUUUCCCAAUUUCUGUGUGUAUCAAUAGACAGAGUUCGCUAGCGUUUUCAAAUCUUUCAUUGAGGAUGGAGUCGUUCCUUCUUUGUUGGGUAGACGGACGCAAUCGCUGCGAUUUCCCCACUUCCCUCAUACGCAGUAGUGUCGAGCGUUGAAGCUCACCCGACAUUGGCGCAUGCUCCUCUUGUGUAUCACACAUUGGCUUAUCUUUCCGCAAAUCAAUAUCAUCCGCUGCUGUUCAUCGCC